CCUUCUGAAUAGUUCAGACUAAGAGGUUUACACCAUGCAAAAGCUUUUGCUCUGCUCUCAUUUAACUUCACGGUUUCUUGGAUCCCACUCUUAGUAGGCGGUGUUAUCUUACAUAAACUGUAUACUUCACUUCCCUCCUUGAGCAAAGAGAUCUCUUCUGCCAAAGCAUGCCAAGGAAAAUUCUUGGUUUACUCUUGUUCAUCCUAGCAACAUGCGCAACUUUUCCAGCCGAAGGGCAGAAAAAACAGGUAAAAUCCAUGCGAUGUGACCGGAAGUUCACAUAUAGACAGAAUACCCCUUGUACUACCUGUGCUCUUUUUUCUGGGAGAGUGAGAUGCCCAAACGGAUGGGAAAGAGUGCCCAAGAAGCCGGAGGAGUGCAGAUAUACAGUAAACCUGGGUGAGAAUACCCUGUCUAUCUUGGGGUGCAAUUACAUGUGCAAGAAGGAAGUAGAAGAGAAACAGUGUUGCCCUGGCUUCUGGGGUGCUGAAUGCUAUGAAUGCCCUGGUGGAUCUGAGAACAUAUGCAACCAUCAUGGCGUCUGUUUGGAUGGCAUCAUCAGGAAUGGAACUUGCAUUUGUGAUGCGAAUUAUGGUGGCUACGCAUGCCAAGAGUGCAAGGAUGAAAAUCAUUUCGGUCCUGACUGUCAAUCUGUAUGUGAGUGUCAGCAUGGAAUCUGCAACCACGGUCCCUCUGGUGAUGGAAAGUGUACCUGCUAUGCUGGCUACACUGGACCCAAAUGUGACCAAGAACUUUCCAGCUGUGGCAGUGUAAUCUGUGAAGCCAACUCCCUUUGUGUGGUAAAGUAUGGGAAGGCUGAGUGUGAAUGUAUUCCAGGCUACAGGAAAAUUGGGAUUCAAUGUCUAGCCCAGGAUCCCUGUAGCUCCUCUCCAUGUUCCUCAUCUGCGGUUUGCAAGACUGUUGGGGAAACCAAAUAUCAGUGCAUUUGUGCAGAGGGAUACCAAGGAAAUGGGAGAGUGUGCCAACCCAGAAAUCCCUGUUUGGUCAAUAAUGGAGGCUGCCCCAUAAAUACCACCAACUGUGCUGUUACGGGUCCAGGAAAGGUAAACAGGGCCUUGCAGUGUACUUUGAUUGUAGCAGCCAUAUAUGAAAGGAGACAGUCAUCAAUUUGCCGGUGCAAAACAGGAAUGACAAGUAGAACGAGGGGGGGAAAUGAUUGCGAACCCAUCAGAAGAUGCUUUGGUUAUUGUGGCGUAAGUGUACAAAAGUGUGAAGUGGCCCCUGAUGGGAAUUUCAACUGCAUCUGCCCAGAGGGAGAAAUUGAAGUUGGAGGUAGCUGUCACAAAACUAUCUUGCGUGAAAUCUUUAAACUAAAUACAGAAGGAAGUAGGAGCACACAGCUGGAGGAUGCAGUGACACUGUUUGCUAAAGGUUGUUCAUUACCCUUGGAGAAAUAUGGGCCUUUCACAGUACUUGUGCCUAUUGGACAGACCCUUCCUAAAAUUAACUUCAAUGUCACAUAUGCAGAGAAAUUAUGCAGGGAGCAUAUAAUACCUGGGCAGCACUUGAUAAACGAUAUGAGGAAGACUGGGGUCGUUUGGACAUUAUCUGGACAUAAAGUGGUAUUUCAUGAACAGGUAGCUCCCGUGAGGUACAGUUACUCAGAUUCUCCAGACAAAGUCUAUCACAUCAGGGACUUCAAUCUGCCAGCAGUUAAUGGCAUUAUACAUCUUGUCAACCCUCUAAGGAAAACAGCCACCAUGGACAAAGUCAAUGCUCAGAAAACAAUUGCAGAAAUUCUUGCUUCCAUGGAGAUCACCAGCAGAUUUGAAACUAUAUUAGAAAAUUGUGGCCUUCCAUCAAUUUUGGAUGAUCCUGGAUUUUUUACUGUGUUUGUACCAAGUAAUGAAGCAGUGGAUAAAUUAAGAGAUGGAAGACUAAUUUAUCUCUUCACAGAGGGCAUAAAUAAGCUUCAGGAACUUGUGAAACAUCAUAUCUUUCCCACAGCAGCGGUCUAUGUGGAAAAACUAAUGAUGAUGCCACAUAUUCUGACCAUGGCAAACCAACUGCUGAAGAUUGAGAUCAGUAACGAUGGAAGGAUUCUGCUGGAUGAUUCCAAGGUUGCAAUAGUCAAAGGGGAUAUUAUGGCAUCAAAUGGUAUUAUUCAUACAUUGGAUGGCAUUUUGAUUCCUCCGUCAAUACUGCCGAUUCUGCCACAGAAGUGCAAUGAAAUACAUUAUAAAGUUUUGGAGGGAUCUUGUGUGGAUUGUGAGCUCCUUAAUAGCAGCGUUUGUCCUCCUGAUGGCAACAUUAUGGAAGACAAGGCUUUUUCAGCAGAGUGUGUUUAUACUCAUGAUCCAUUUGGUUUGAAUGUUCUGAAGAAGGGUUGCCAGAGAUACUGCAAUCAAACUAUUGUGAUACCUGGAUGCUGCAAAGGGUUCUUUGGUCCUUCCUGCAGCCCAUGUCCUGGUGGAUACACCAAUCCAUGCUACGGCAAAGGAAACUGUAAUGACGGGAUUCACGGAAAUGGUCAAUGCAACUGCCACGAUGGCUUCAAAGGAAUUGCCUGCCACAUCUGCUCAAACCCGAACAAGCACGGGGAGAACUGCAAUGAAGAUUGUGGCUGCCUCCAUGGAAUUUGUGACAACAGACCAGGAAGCAGGGGUGUGUGCCAGGCAGGGACGUGUAUGACUGGCUACACUGGGGAAUUUUGUGACACACAUACUCACAAUUGUGGAUCUGUUGAUGCCGCUGUCAACUGCCAUGUCCAUGCAACCUGUACUCUGAAUGGCGCUGUAAGGUGUGUCUGUCUUGAUGGAUAUGAAGGAGAUGGGUUUUCCUGCAAGCCUAUUGAUGCCUGUAGCAAGCCAGGACGGGGAGGAUGUUCAGAAAAUGCUACAUGUACCAGUACGGGUCCUGGCACAGUCAGCUGUCAGUGCAUCCGGGGUUGGACUGGGGAUGGAAAAGUUUGUGUCGCCAUAGACAAUUGUGUAACUGAGACCAGAGGAGGCUGCCACCUCAAUGCGGAUUGUAGUUACAUUGGCCCUGGACAGAGCAGCUGCAUGUGCAAGAAAGGCUAUGAGGGUGAUGGUUACAACUGUGAUAAGAUUGACCCUUGUAUGAUGGACAAUGGUGGCUGCCAUGAACUGGCUGUAUGCCAGUCUCUCAGUACUGGGGGAAAAGCUUGCCGUUGCUCUGAAGGAUAUGUAGGAGAUGGAAUCCAAUGUUAUGGUGAUGUGAUGAAGGAGUUAGUAAGGAAUUACCACUUUUCAACUUUUUAUGAGUGGAUUAAGAAAUCCCUCGUCAGCAUCCCUAGAGGAGCCAAUGUGACUGUUCUGGUGCCUCUGAAAGAAGCUAUCCAAAAUCUGAGCAAGGCUGAAAAAGAGUUCUGGUUGGAGUCCCACAUGCUGCCAUCUCUUGUCAGGUCCCACAUCCUCCAGGGCUCUUUCACAACUGAGCAACUCAAGAACUUUGUUGGCCAAGAACUGCCCACUCUCAAUCCACAGGCCAAGUGGGAAAUAAAGAACAACAAUGGGGAAAUAACUAUUCAGAAUGCCAGCAUUGUAUUGGGUGAUAUUCCUGCUAUUAACAGCACUAUUUAUAUCAUCAACAAGGUUCUGUUACCAACAUCUGUCAAGAUCCCACCUGGUUUGCAGGAGCAACUGAACACAGUGCCCUCCUUCAUCAGGUUCAAAGAGCUAUUGGAGCAAUAUCAGCUGAUGAGAGAAAUUGAGUCAUCCCAAAAAUAUACUAUUUUUGUCCCAGGGAAUAGCUCAAUUGAGAAAUAUUGUCAAGCAUCAAAUAUUACACAACUGGGUAAUGACACCGUGCAGUAUCAUAUCGUAACUGGUGAUAAACUGUUUUUGAAAGAUCUGAAGAAUGGAGUUCACAGAAGCACGAUGUUAGGAUUCUCCAAUUGGCUCAUGUUUUCUAAUACGCUCAACAAGACAUAUGUAAACAGAGUUCUUUUGGGUGGCCCAUUUGUUGAAACAAGAAAUGGAAUGUUGAUUGGGGUUUCUCAAGUUCUACAGAUUCAGAAAAACCGUUGCAAUAUCAAUACCACCACUGUAGAAAAGUCAAGAUGUGCUAAGUGCAACAAAAGGAUCAAGUGCCCCGCAGGAUCAGUGCUUGCACAAAAACCAGGCAAAGGAAAUCUUCCUCACUGUGUAUAUAAAUCUGGAGACAAGAAAUUAGUUGGCUGCUAUUUUACCUGCAUCAAAGUUUCCCUAGUUUCUGUCUGCUGUCCAGGCUACUAUGGUGCUAUGUGUGAGAUGUGUCCUGGGAAACCAGGCAGCUGGUGCUCUGGCAAUGGGGUGUGUCAAGAUGGUAUUGAAGGCAAUGGAGAUUGCCAGUGCCAAGAAGGUUUUCAUGGCACAGCCUGUGAAAUGUGUCAGGCAGGAAGAUACGGACCCAAGUGUCAAUCAGAGUGCAAUUGCAAUAAAGGGCAAUGCAAGGAUGGGUUGUUAGGUGAUGGAAGCUGUACAUGCAUCUCAGGAUUUAAAGGAGUCAGUUGUGACCAAGAAAUUGGAACUGAUCUCUGCAAUGGUACUUGUGAUGUAAAUGCCAAUUGCAUUAAUGACUCCACUACUUCUCGACCCAUCUGUUCCUGUACUGCUGGAUACUCUGGAAAUGGCACCUCCUGUGCAGAAAUAGACCCCUGUGCUGUGGAUAAUGGUGGCUGUUCCAUAUAUGCCAACUGUACCAAAAAAGGACCGGGCAAAAGCAUCUGCACUUGCAAAGAAGGCUAUACGGGAGAUGGGACUUUAUGCCAGGAACUGGAUCGGUGCUUAGAAAACAAUGGAGGAUGCCACCAAAAUGCAGUGUGUAUUAAAACAGGACCAGGUUUGGUUUCCUGUGGCUGUCCUCCCUCCUUCACUGGUGAUGGAAUUAAUAAAUGCGAAUAUACUGAUCCAUGCAUGAACAACGGCGGCUGCAGUCCGCUAGCGCUGUGCCUUAAAACUCAGAAUGGGAAUCGAACAUGCGUUUGUUUAUGGGGGACUGGUGAUGGUUUCACAUGCAUAAAGACUGUAUGGCAGGAACUUAUUGGAAGACCAGCUGCCUCUAAAUUUGGCCAUUAUAUCCAGGUGCAUGGAAUUAUGGAGAUGUUGGGGAAUGGACCUUACACCAUUUUCGUUCCACAUGCUCAUUAUCUACUGAAAGAAACCACAUUUUCAGAAUGGGAAAAAGGUGGCUGCAUCAAAGAACUGCUUCGCUAUCACAUAGUCAGCUGUCAGGAGCUCCUAUCAGAUGACCUGGAAUCACUGGAUUCUAUAACAGCUUUAUCUGGUCACAAAAUAAGAGUUUCCAUGAAAGAGGACAGUGUGUACUUAAAUGACGAGGCGAAGAUAAUUGAAAGUGACAUUACUGGAGAGAAUGGAGUCAUACAUUUUAUUGACAGGAUCUUAACACCAUAUGUCUUGCAGCAUCACAACAUUUCAUGCAACAUAUCCCAGAAAACCAUUACAGAGGUUGCAGAGGCUUAUGGAUACAAAACUUACAGCAGACUACUAAGGGAAGCAGGACUUCUUAAUCUGGUCAAUAAUACCUUUCAUCAGCCAUUUACCAUGCUGUGGCCAACGGAUGCAGCUUUUAAUUCUCUUCCUGUUGAGAUGCAAAAAUGGCUGUAUCAUAAAGACCACAGGAGCAAACUGGCUGCUUAUCUCAAAGGGCACAUGAUCCGGGACACAAAGAUCUUGGCUUCCAAACUGACUGAAUUGGCUUCUCUGAGGACUUUGCACGGCUCAACGAUUUCAUUUAGCUGCAGCAAAACAAAUGCUGGGGAUAUUGUGGUGGACAAUGGUAAUGCAAAGAUUGUCCAGAGGUACAUGGAAUUCAAUGUGGGUAUUGCUUAUGGAACUGAUCACCUGCUCGAGCCUCCAGAUUUGGGAUCCCGUUGUGAUGAGUUUCAAACUGCUGAGAUUCCAAAUUCUGUGUGUGGUGCUUGUGGCUAUGAGAGAGCUUGUCCUUUUGGAUCAGUGGAACUGGGGGAAAUCAAGAGUUGCUAUUAUGUCAAAGAUGAAUAUCCCUUGCUUUCGUUGCUUGACAAAAUCGAAAGGAUGCCCUUCCGGCGGCAAAAUUAUCGAGUGCCAUUCAGUCGGAGGCAAUAUAGAAAAGUUUUCAUUAAGGGAUGCAGGAAAACAUGCUUUGCCACCAAGUGGGUACCCCAGUGCUGUGCAAACCACUAUGGAAAGGACUGCCAGGUGUGCCCUGGAGGGCUCGAAACACCAUGCCAAAAUCAUGGUACAUGCGAUGAUGGGCAUAAAGGCUCAGGACAGUGCAACUGUACUGCGGCUUUUGUUGGAGUGGCUUGUGAACACUGUGCUCCAGGACACUAUGGGCCAGACUGCAGAGAGUGCAAUUGUUCAGGAAAUGGGAUAUGCAACGAAGGGCUGCUCGGAGAUGGCUUCUGCUUCUGCUCUGCAGGAUGGACUGGAGAGCACUGUGAAACCAAACAAGCUGCAGUGCCUCAGUGCUCCCCAGCCUGCCACCCUAAUGCCGUCUGCCGAGCCAAUAAUAUCUGUGAAUGUAACCUGUAUUAUGAGGGAGAUGGAAAGACAUGCACAGUGAUUGACCAGUGUGGAAACAACAAUGGUGGCUGCAGCGACCAUGCUCAGUGCACGCAGAACGGAACGGAUGUUUCCUGCACCUGCCUAAUGGACUACCAGGGUGAUGGCUACAUCUGCAGUCCUAUUGACAGAUGUGCAGAUGGAAGGAAUGGGCACUGCAGUGAGCACGCAACUUGUAUUAGCACAGGUCCAAAUACCAGGAGGUGCGAAUGCAAGGCAGGCUAUGUUGGGAAUGGAAUCCAAUGCUUGGAGGAAGCUAUCCCCCCAAUAAACCGUUGCUUGGAAGUGAAUGGGCAAUGCCACCCAGAGGCUAUUUGUACUGACCUGCAUUUCCAGGACAAAACGGUUGGUGUGUUCCACCUGCGGUCUUCUACUGGAAAGUACAAUUUUACCUAUGAAGAGGCUGAAGCCAGCUGUGCAGCUGAGGGAGCUACCUUGGCCACCCUUCAGCAGCUAUCUGCUGCUCAGCAGAUGGGAUUCCACCUGUGUAUAGUGGGUUGGCUUUUUAACCGUACAGCUGGUUACCCAACUGUAUACCCAAGUCAGAACUGUGGUACUCACCAUGUGGGGAUUGUAAGCUAUGGCUAUCGAAACAACUUCAGUGAAAAGUGGGAUGCCUACUGUUACCAGAUUCAAGAUGUACAGUGUAACUGUAGGGAUGGGUUUAUUGGAGAUGGCUAUUCUUGCACAGGCAGCCUUUUGGAUGUGUUGGCUCAACAUGCAAACUUCUCAGUCUUCUAUUCAAUAAUUCUGGAUUAUGCUAAUACCACUCAGGAAGGAGUAGAUUUCUUGAAUUUCCUCACUUCAGGCAUCACUUAUAAAACUCUUUUUGUACCCUUGAACUCUGGCUUUGGAGACAAUACAUCUUUAUCACUGAAGGACCUAAAACUUCAUGCAUCACUGAGUGACGUUGUCCUCUUAAGCUCCAAUCUCACAGCCGGUACAGUUAUACCUUCCCAAGCAGGAUACAAUCUUUCCAUUGCAGAGUCCUUGAGUCAUACUUUUCUGAUUGUUUCUGAACUGAUUAACAAUACAAUGAUCGUUGAAUGGGAUAUUCUGGCCUCCAAUGGGAUUAUUCAUGCUAUUCAGAGUCCUUUGAAGGUACCUUUGCAGUAUAAUCAGGUUUUGAGUACCGUAAAAUCAUCUGCUGCUAUGACAAUUGGCAUAAGCACUGUUGUUGCUAUAGUUCUGUGUUGCGCAACUAUUGCUGGAUUGUCCUAUUUCUGCCUCAAAAGGAGAAACCAACAACUCCACUUUCGCUAUUUUAGGGCUGAAUUAGAGGGUGAUGAACCUUCCUGGCAGGAGAGGAGCCCACACUUAGUAUCCAUUCCAAAUCCUAUUUAUGGAGCAGAUAGCUCAAUCUAUGAGCCAUUUGAGGAGUCUCUCCACAGAGAAGAUUUUGUCGAUACUGAAGACAUUCUUGGACAAUAAUAAUGUACUGCAAUGCAAUGGAAGAAAAAUUCCAGAAGUUUUGAUAUUUUGAAGAAACAUUUUAUAUACCUCAAUUCUAUUCUUUUUAAAGUUAUGGGAAGGAAUUAUGAUCCGAAGAGCUAUUGGCGUUUGCAGUCACGUGAAGAAUUUCCGAUUUUUUUUUUUGUUUAGAAUUCAUUCUCUCAUGCUGUAUUGCCUCUUUUAGGGGCCUUCAGGAAUACGUUCUGAGUAUAACUGUAAUAUGAAUAGAAAGAGCUUGAAAACAUGUAUCAUGCACAGAAUCCUUUCGAUCCUCUCCAUGAAACUUCAAGCAUCUACUUAGGAAUGACUCAUGAAUGUGUUUGGUAAAUGGACACUGUGAGGAACACUGAGUGGGCCAAUGAAAUUUUUGUUCAGAGUUAAUGAUUGGAUAAAUUUACUCUGAAACUGCACUAUUGAACUUUCUUUUGAUAUACAGUACUUUAAUCUGCUAAUGACUGUCAAAAAUUGUUACCUGUAAACUGUAGACAGCACAUAUUUGUAAUCCUCCUGAAUUAUAAUGCACUGUUGUGUGUGUAAAAGAGACCUCACAAGCAAGUCUUAAGUUUUUCACUAUUAGGUAAGUAUGAUUACUUCAGCAUGCUACCAGUAAAGGUGCCAAUUAUCUGUAUUUGCCUUAUAAUUAGUAUUGAUUCUUCUCCCUUCCCCUUGAAAAAGACUGAAAUAUAUUAAUAUUAGGACUGUUCCAUAAUGAAACAAUGUAUUAUUUUUGUAAAAAAAAUAAAUGGGGUUAUACCUAGUAACCAAAUGCAGC